CUUUUAUGUAAAAUUGGCCAAUCACCGUCUGGGACGGGAACUUCCGCUACACAGCCUGAGCAUGUCCAUUGUACCAACUGUUCCGAAAGUGUGCCGCGAUUGUUGCGGUGUGGGUGUUAAGUACGUGACAUCGUGAACGCUAUUCCGUUUGUUAUUGCCGGUUGUCUCCUUUUAGUUCGUAAUCGUGUGAGAUUGUUGUCAUCUGUGACUCUUACGGAGUAGAAGCGGGCUGUUACAGGAGCGAGUAUCACUGCAGGAAUCUGCUCGUUUAGCUGCGGCUCAGCCACCCUGCGGUCCUGCUAGCUCUGGAGCUAGCAAACGGUAGCUGCUACUGUUGUGUUUGUGGCGUGAAUCUGACGGAGAUGUGCAGGAAUAUGUAUUUAACGCAAAGCCAUCACAGUUCGGAAUAAGUCGCUAGAGUCAGGAUCAAACAGCAACGGUUGUUAGCUCGCAAACUAGCCACUUAACUUAGCCGAGGAAGCUAGCUACUGGAGUGUCUUUCACAAAAGGGCACCGCGUGAACAACAGACUUGGUAGCCAACAUAACGCUGGCUUUUUAUUCUUUUUUAUUGUAUUGUGUGGGCUAAUACACAAAGAGCAUUACAUCAGGGCAGAAUGAAUGGAUUCAGCACAGAGGAAGACAGCCACGACGGACCGCCGGCUCCGCCGUUUUACGGUCAAAGCUGCUGCCUGAUCGAGGACGGUGAGCGCUGCGGCCGCUCUGCUGGAAACGCCUCCUUCAGCAAGAGGAUUCAGAAGAGCAUAUCACAGAAGAAGCUCAAACUGGACAUUGACAAGAGUGUGCGACACCUCUACAUCUGCGACUUCCACAAGAACUUCAUCCAGAGCGUCCGCAACAAGAGGAAGAGGAAGACCAGCGACGAUGGAGGAGAGUCCCCGGAUCAUGACGUGGAGGUUCCUGAGGUCGACCUUUUCCAGCUGCAGGUGAACACGUUGAGACGCUACAAGCGACAUUACAAGCUGCAGACCAGACCCGGCCUCAACAAGGCCCAGCUGGCAGAGACGGUGAGUCGUCACUUCAGAAAUAUUCCAGUAAACGAGAAGGAAACACUGACCUACUUUAUUUACAUGGUGAAGAGCAGCAAGAGCCGUUUGGACCAGAAAGGAGACGGUGGCAAACCACUGGACUAGACUUCUAAACGACCACCACCACGGCAGUAGCUACAACAAAAUCAACAAUAAUCCACAGUGACAAACGGCACCAUUUACAGCAACAGCAACCCUUCACAAAACCUGGACGCCACUAACAACAACAACAACAACAACCAAAAGCAACUCCUCCCGCAACCCGUCACCGUCCCGCUCCUCUGCAAGACCAGAACACACACACACACACACACACACACACACUCUGGCUGUCCUCGGAGGGACACUGAACGGAAAACUGGAGAGAAUUCAGGUUGGGAUGAGUUUACUCAGUCUCUGAGCAUGUAGUAAUCACAAUCUUCCUCCAAGGCAUUUCCUCUUCCUGUCCUCUGCAAAAGCCAAGUCCUUAAAGACUGUGAAGGACCAGGACUCGCUCCGCAGGGUUUUUACGUCGUCAUGCUGUAACGUAACUGUCGAUAUGUACAAAAGGAACAGCGUAUUUGGUUGAAUGCAAUGUACAAUAUAGCUGCCUUAAGAGUAAAAACAACAUUUUUGGUAAUUUGGGUUUUUUUUUUUCUUUGCCGAGUCGACUGUUAACAUGUUCACCAUGAGGAAUACAUGUGCCAAAACUGAUAUUGAAUGCUGAAUGGGGUUUUUUCUUUACUUUUUUUGUGAAUGAAUGAAUUGUUGGAAAGGGGCGUCGCCUUUGCUGAAGUCUCCUUUCUCCUUUUCAAAACUAUAAAUGGCACAAAAUUCACACAUAGGAAGAAACCCGAAUUCUCAAUAAUGUUUAAAAACUCACCCCGUUGCCCUUUUUUUUUUUUUUCUCAUUUGGAUGUGAUGCAUGUAAAGACUGGUGGCGGUGAAUGAUGUAGCAUUUGGCUAUGAAGCAAACUUUUCCCUCUUGCUAGUUGUUUUAUGUACACACAUACAGAUUUUUUUUCUCAGUGCUUCACAGGUGUGGUAGCUACUUUCAUUUUUUUUUUCUUUGUAAUCCUUUCUUUCUCUUUAGUUCAGCCUUAACAAGUUGUAUAAAGUUUUGUCUGUUGAUUUUAGAUUUCUCAGUUUUUUUUCUUGUGUGUGUGAGAUAGAGGGGUGUAAGAGUAAUUAUUAGCGUCAUUUUAAUAUUUAAGAGCAGUGUUUAUAGUGGACAACAUCUCAAUUCUCGAUUUGAUACUUACUACACCUUUCAACUUUAGUGAAUGUUGGCUAAUGAAGUCUUAAAAGUUUUACAUUUAUAUGCCCAAUUGAAACAGUCCAGCUCCUUUAUGUACUAGAAUGUCGUAAAAGGUCCAACAUGAAUCUUAAUUUGGCACCAAAAGUGGCAUCACUGGAUUUGUCUUGUAUUUUAUAGCAUUUUAUUUUUUACACUCAGAUUGAACUCAUGUCCAUCUUCACUCUUUUAAAGGUGCGGUGUGAUGAAUUUAAUGGCAUCUAGCGGAACAGACUUGGCAGAAAUGGAAUAUAAUAUUCAUAAAUAUGUUUGUGUUACC